CACCGGCGCAGCCUGAAGGGCAACACGGCGCUGCACGACUGCGCCGAGGCGGGCAGCCUGGAGAUACUGCGCCUGCUGCUGCGCCGCGGGGCGCGCGUGGAGCGCGCAGGCUACGGCAUGACCCCGCUGCUGGCCGCCAGCGUCACCGGGCACGCCGGCGUCGUGGAGUUCCUCAUCCGGGGCGCCGAGGAGGAGCAGCAGGAGGAGGAGGAGGAGGAGGAGGGGCCCCGCGUGCCCUGCACCCGCGAGGCCGCGGUGGAGGCGCUGGAGCUGCUGGGCGCCACCCUGGUGGACAAGAGGCGCGACCUGCUGGGUGCCCUCAAGCACUGGCGCCGGGCGAUGGAGCUGCGGCACCGUGGGGGCCAGCCCCUCUCCCGGCCGGAGCCGCAGCAGCCUGUGCCGGCUUACGACUACUGCCGGGAGGCGCGCACCAUGGAGGAACUGGAGGCGCUGGUCACGGACCCGGACGAGAUGCGGAUGCAGGCCUUGUUGAUCCGGGAGCGUGUCCUUGGCCCUUCUCACCCGGACACCUCGUAUUACAUCCGCUACCGGGGGGCUGUCUACGCCGACUCGGGUAACUUCGAGCGGUGCAUCAACCUGUGGAAGUACGCCCUGGAAAUGCAGCAGGGCAACCUGGAGCCCCUGAGCCCCAUGACGGCCAGCAGCUUCCUCUCCUUUGCUGAGCUCUUCUCGUACGUGCUGCAGGACCGCUCUAAGGGCACCUUAGCUACCCAGCUGGGCUUCUCUGACCUCAUGGGUGUUCUGGGCAAAGGGGUCCGGGAGAUUGAGAGGGCCCUGCUGCACCGGAAGGACCCGGUGGCGGAUGCUUCCCAGUUCACCAAAGCCCUGGCUGUCAUCCUCCACUUGGUCUUUCUGCUGGAAAAAGUGGAAUGCACUCCCGAGCAGGAGCACCAGAAGCGCCAAACCAUCUACCGCCUGCUGAAGUGCAAUCCCCGGGGCAAGAACGGCUUCACCCCUCUGCACAUGGCGGUGGACAGGGACACCACCACCGUCGGCCGCUACCCGGUGGGGAAGUUCCCCUCGCUCCACGUGGUGAACCUCCUGCUGGAGUGCGGGGCCGACCCCGACAGCCGGGAUUAUGACAACAACACCCCGCUGCACGUGGCUGCCCAGAACAAUUGCCCCCUCAUCAUGAGCGCCCUCAUGGAGGCCGGAGCUCACAUGGAUGCUACCAACGCCUUCAAGCAGACCGCCUAUGAGCUCCUUGAUGAGAAGCAGCUAACCAAGGCCAUGAUGCAGCCUUUUAAUUACAUCACCUUACAGUGCCUUGCUGCCCGAGCGCUGGAUAAACACAAGAUCCCUUAUAAGGGUUUCAUCCCUGAAGAGCUGGAAGCCUUCAUUGAACUCCAUUAGCCAAGAAGGACUGUACUCCCUACCGAUCUCUUCCUAGGCCUCCGUUGGCAGGGAGAGGACUGAGACUCACGGUCUUCCUGGGGUCUGAAUUUUAAAAGCUUUCAUUUGCACUCGGCUGGCUUCUGCGGUCUCGCUCUUUCUUCUGUCCAGCCCCUGACGUGGAGAGGCAUCUUUCGCCCAACCCACAGUUGGCCUCGCCAUCCAGGUUCCUUGGGUAGAUGACAGGCCCUACCCCUUCACAGGCCCCUUCCUAAUAUGUCUCAAAUGUUUCUGCCUGGCCUUCCAGACAAGGCCAAGGAGUUGAAUUUAGGCCCCUUCUCGUUUUGUAUCAUCUGCUCCUCUUAUGGGACACUGCACGAGCAAAAAAGUUGGCCGGAUUCAGCUUCCUGGCCCUUGCUGGAGCCUUGCCAGGAUGCCCUGAGAAAACCUUUAGGGCUGACACAUUGCUCAAAACCACCUCAAAUCCGUCAUCAGCCUGCUCCAUCUUCCUUAUGUCAACAGUGAGAAGUGGGAGGGGAGGGAAGAUGGGGGAUCCGAUUGUGAUUGGUCCCACAAUGUCAGUGUGCAAGAGAGGUGAGCGUUUUGCAUGACCUGCUUUCAGCUUCCCAGUUUGAUAAGCUUUUAUUACGUUUGCACCCUUUCUUCCUCCUCCUCGAAGAUGUAAGAAUGGAAAAGGCAACCCCACCAAGUCUUAAAGUUGCUCUUUUUUCGGCUCAGCCUCGUAACUAGGGGAGAACAGUCCAUCUUCAUGUUCAACAGCAAGUUAUUUAGUUGCUCUCGGCACAGUUGACCAAGUUGGGUGCAGUGAGGUUUGAUCUUUUUUUUUUCUUCUGGAUUUCAUUUCUUGCUUCGAAUGGUCACUUAAUGUCAGCUAAGAUUUUGUGGAGUGUUUUCAAAGCUGGUAGUGAUAAUUUUAUUUUUAUUUGGCUGGUGGUUUUUCUUUUCAGUGGAGUGAGCCCUGCACCGUAGGCAGCCCAGGCUGUGAAAGGUUCCCCAAAUUUUGAAAUUUAGAGUCAAGCCACCCCCCCUCCUUUUUUCCCUUUCCGGAAAAGAGAAAUGAGAUGGUGUCUUUUGACACCAUAACUGGCAAGAACGCUGUUCUUUUACAUCCUUUCACCUGGGAUGGCCCCAUUCUUCUGGAAGGGCCUGGGAGCAGGAGGCGAUUCCGCAGGAUUUCCUCGUCCAAACUAGCUCUUUGCAGACUCUGUAAGGGUUAAGGAUGCAAUGCUCUUCAAAACCUCCCAGAAGCCAAAGGAAACCUAUGUGCAUUUAGCACUGUGCUGCCUGUCCAGGUUUACUUCCCAUUAAAAAUCAUGCCUAGUAACCCACCAAAUCUAGCCACCAAAUCAAGCAGAGGCCACUUAAAAUGUGUACACUGUGGCUUCCCAGUUACUUAACAUCUGUCCUCCCUUUCCUUAAUCCUUCAGGGCAGGUGGGCAUCAAAGACUAGAAGUUUAUCCAGCCCUGCAAGAAGCGGGUCACAACUUGAACUCUUAGUAUCAGCCAUCCCCCCUCCCCAAAUGUGGUAUCAAGCGAUGGUUUCUUUUUAAAUUACGUAAUUGGCAGUGACUGGUUUUGAAGGACACUGAACAGCUCGCGCGCGCACACUCUCAGUCUUGGCACGUCAUGCUCAAUUGAUUGUUUUUGUUCUGUUCUGUAAGGAAGUAGCAGACGUGCAUAGUUGGGGUUUAGGCUGUAUUUGGCACGGGAAAAGUGGUAAAGAUGUAACUGAAUGGAUGGAUGGGCAAGAAUGAAUCAGGGAAGGGAGACAAGCUGAUAUUUGUGUUCGACCCUUCCUGUCCCUUCUGCCAGCAGAUUGCCCAGGUUCUACCCCAUCUACCAACAGUGUUAUAACAGAUGUUUGCAGCAGUUGUAAGGUGGAAAUGGCUGUCGAUGGUUGCGGGACCUGGGGGCCCUCUUAACUCCUCACAGCGCCAGGACUGGUCAAGGGGGGAGUGGGCUGAGGCAAAGGAGGUGGACAGCAGGGUGCUGUGACCUCCUUUGGCUCUUGCUCCUGUCCAGAUGGAGUUUUCAAAUACAACUUAUCCAUCCUGGUAUCUGGAACUGUUUAGAGAUCGUCCCUCAAACGGAUUUGGUUAAAUCGCCUACCAGCAAGCGUGGGCUUUGGUGACUGCCGCACACAGAGAAAUCCAGUAAAUUGGUUUGACCGGGAAGUUCCAGCAUGCAGAGUUUUCCCUGGUUAAUACUGAAGUUGAUCUAAUAAGCAUUAACUCUGGGGAUCCCCUGUUGGUGACAUUUCAUUCUCGUGGCCUCCACAGUUAAAGGAGCAGAGCUCUCGUUGAAUCUAUCUCUAAUUUUGUUUUGCCUUGAAGCAUGGGGGAAAGAAGUGUAUUAGUUGACAGCUGAGGAUGCAAAAAGAUGUUGCUUUGGUCAUCAAGAGAGCAAACCGCCCCAAGGGCUUUUGGGACCCGGUCUGGACAGGUUACAGCAGCAAAUGCCCAAUAUUGUGUGCAUGGAGACUAGGGGGUGAUUUCUGGGAACCAUUUCUGCAUCUUCCCACAGCCACGGGGAUCAGCAGAAGCAGAGAUCUUAGCUUGCCUUGGGAGCACCUCCUUUCUGGGAUUUAGGGGCUCAAGAAAACUACAGAAACCUCAGUGUUUUUCCUCAGUGGAUUUUGCAGGAUCUUGUCUGCCGGCCUCUUUGCAUUCUUGCCGUGUUAAACCACAAACGGUUCAGCUGAUAAAGCAAAGGAAGUUUCAGGUUAUUGUUUUCUUUUUCGUUUUGUUGCAGAAAAAAGGGAGUUCAUUUGGCAACCUUGGCAGAAACUUAAAGCGCACCAACAGCGUAUGUUACACCUGAGAGCCAAUCUUCCUAACUUGAAAUAAAUAAAGUUAAGCUAACAACAAAAAGCAAGGAAAAAAAAAGUCAUGCUGCUAAAAAACCCAAAA